CUAAAUUAGCGCGCAGCGGGAAGAUCAGCAAUGGGCUUCGUUGCAGAAGCAACAUGAAUUAUUAAGAGAGAUUCGUUAUCUAGGUAAAACGAAUACCGCUUUUACCGCUUCAUCUUUGCCAUCCUAUUCGGUAGCACUUCCAAUGAAUCAGCCAGCACCGAAGGCUUCGAUAUCAUCGAGAUCACUCGCAUGGGGGAAGGGUGUCAGCCUUUUCUGUUUUUUGAGGGGUUGUCCACGAGUAUAAGUACCCCGACUUAUUUGUUGUGGCUUUAUUGUGUCAUUGAAUUUCUGACAACUAAAAAGCUAAAAAGAAGCUCGAUUAAAGCUUAGUCAUGUUGUUUGAAACUGUGAUGAUCAGACCAGAUAUUGCGCGUAGCAUAGACAAUCGACCUCCAUACAUAUGGCAUGUAACGGCACCUCUACCAAGGCAAUGUCCAGUUAACCAAUUUAAUGGUUCAGAGUUUGAUGCGAUCAUAUUAGGGUCGAAUGUAAAUGAGCCUGAAACACCUGCGCCUUCAACAUCACCGAGAAAGUUGACUUUAGGAAUUCAGACUGUAUCAACACCUCAGAGCUUCAGCAUUUUGGAUUUCGAUGAGAUCAUACUUGGCCCGACAGCAAAUGAUCCCGAAGCACGUGUUUCUCAAUUGGCUCCAAUACUACCCACGAGACUGAUUUCAGCUUCUCGAAUGGUGCCAACAGCUCGGCCUUUCGGUGCCCCGGAUUUUGAUGAGAUCAUACUUGGUCCGAAUGAAAUUGGACCCAAGACGCCUAUGCCUCGAGUGCCUCCCACACCGCCCAGAAAGCCAAAUCCAGAGACCCAAGCUGUGCCAACACAUCCAAGGCUCAACAUCUCGGACUUUGAUGAAAUCAUAUUUGGCCCAAAUGUAAUUGGUCCCGAAUCGUCCAUGUCUCGGGCACCUCCGACAGUGCCCAGAAGGUCGAAUCUAGGAACUCCGGUUGUACAUACACCUCCGAGAUUCAACAUCAUGGACUCGAAGACAACACCCUACCUGAAUACAAAUGAUCCCGAAGUACCCGUUCUGCAGGUGCCAAAACAGACUUUAAAAAUUCAGAUGGUACUAACACCACAGAAAUUCAACGCCCCGGACUUUGAUGCGAUCACACUUGGCGCCAAUGUAAACGAGUCAAAUGCAGCUGUGCCUUAAUGCUCGACAUUAUUGUCGAGUUCAACAAAAUCAAAGUUGGUCCAACUGCAAACAGGCCUCGAUUAGGACGUCGAUGUCAGACCAUGCCAACAUCUCGCAGAAGAGCUUAAACGCGUCAGAG